AUGAUCACUCCUAAACUUCUACUACAACAAACGUGGAUCUCUAAAAUUAAAUGGGAUAAUGAAGUUUGUGACGAGAUACGAAACGAAUUUAAGAAAUGGCUCAAGGGUUUGGUACGUUUAGACGAGAUCCGUUUUCCGCGCUGGGCAUUUGAUGCGCCAGUUCGCGAUACGAGUAUAACGUUUCAUGUAUUUUGUGACGCUAGUAAAAAAGCAUAUGCUGCGGUGAUUUUCGCGCGCGUGGAAUGUGACUCUCAGGUCAACGUCUCGUUUGUCUCAGCAAAAGCUAGAGUAGCUCCAGUUACUACUAUGACGAUUAAUCGACUUGAACUUUUAGCUGCCUGUAUGGGCGUUCGACUGGCGCGUUCUACUGUGGAUUCUCUUAAGAUGACAGAUAAAGAGAUAACAUAUUGGAGUGAUUCUAGCACCGUUCUAUUCUGGAUCCAACAGAAUUGUCCUUGGGCAUCCUUUGUCGACAAUCGCGUUAAAGAAAUACGAAAUAUGUCAAAUAGCCAAUCCUGGAGGCACAUUCCAGGCGAGUUUAAUCCGGCAGAUUUGCCGUCGCGAGGAUGUACACUCGACACACUGUGUAGGGUGAAUUGGUGGAACGGACCGGAGUGGCUUAGGGGGGCUGAAUCUGAGUGGCCGGUUUCGAACGUAGUGAUUCACGAGGACAAGAUAAAGAAUGAGAUACGUAAGACUGCCAAGGUAACGGGUCAAAUCAUAGACUCUGAAAUUGUGUCAGCGAUAUCACAAGUGAAUCGUACUAUUGAGAUUCAGCCUUUCUAUGUACCCAGUACUUCUGACUUUUGCACUGUAGUAGGAGCAAUUGCUCGUAUAAAGCGGUUUGUUACUAAUUACAAAUUGCACAAAUUGGGAAAGCAGAAACUAAGUGGGGAAUUAACGCGCAAUGAAAUCAAUGAUGCUAAAAGAACUGUUUUGGCAAUCAUACAGCGAGACUCGUUUGAUGGAACUGACGACAUACGAUUGCGUAAUAUGAAUGUUUUUGUUGCUGAAGAUAGUUUAAUCCGGAUGAAAUCGAAAAUAUUAGAGCGUGAUGAUAGUUUUUCAUUUCGUUAUCCAAUAGUCUUACUGGGAGAAAAUCUACUAGUUCAAAUGAUGAUUCGCGAAUUUCACACACGUUUGGGACAUGUUCAUGUCACCGCCUUACUCAAUGUUCUCAGAGAAGAAUAUUGGGUAAUACAUGGCCAAAAGGUCGCACGUAGUAUCGUAAGAAAAUGUGUCGUCUGCGCACAACAGAAUGCUCAACCUUUCACGGUAGCGACUGCUCCUUUACCUAUGAAUCGCGUUCGCGACGCUCGAGUGUUCGAAAUUGUGGGAGUAGACUUUGCAGGUCCAUUGUUUCUAAAAAAUGAUGUAAAAGCAUGGGUUUGUAUUUUUACAUGUGCAGUGUAUCGGGCGGUAAAUUUCGAACUCGUGUCGUCUUUAUCAACCGAUAAAUUCAUAGAGGCAUUUUGUCGGUUUGUAGACAGAAGGGGACAACCGAGUACAGUUUAUAGUGAUAAUGGGACUAACUUCGAAGGAUUUAAUAACUUACUGAAACGAAUUGAUUGGGAAAAAAGCCUGAAAGCUAGCCUAGUGCCAAAAGUGGAAUGGAAGUUUAAUCCACCAAGUGCUCCCUGGUGGGGAGAUUGGUGGGAGCGAUUGAUUCAAAUUUUGAAACGUAUGUUGUGA